GGAGGAAAGGGGGAGUCCAGGAGGCGGCGGCGCUGGAGCGCUCCUCUCGGGGACCGGCUGACCCGGGGAGCGAGGACAUCGCUCCGCACCGCUCUUCCGCCUGCCGCCAAGCCGUCCCUCCUCGCUAUGUCCCAGAGCAGGCAUCGCGCCGCGGCCCCGCCGCUGGAGCGCGAGGACAGCGGGACCUUCAGUUUGGGGAAGAUGAUAACAGCUAAGCCAGGGAAAACACCAAUUCAGGUAUUACACGAAUACGGCAUGAAGACCAAGAACAUCCCGGUUUAUGAAUGUGAAAGAUCGGAUGUGCAAAUACACGUACCCACUUUCACCUUCAGAGUAACCGUUGGUGACAUAACCUGCACAGGUGAAGGUACAAGUAAGAAGCUGGCGAAACAUAGAGCUGCAGAGGCUGCCAUAAACAUUUUGAAAGCCAAUGCAAGUAUUUGCUUUGCAGUUCCUGACCCCUUAAUGCCUGACCCUUCUAAGCAACCAAAGAAUCAGCUUAACCCUAUUGGUUCAUUACAGGAGUUGGCUAUUCAUCAUGGCUGGAGACUUCCUGAAUAUACCCUUUCCCAAGAGGGAGGACCUGCGCAUAAGAGAGAAUAUACCACAAUUUGUAGGCUAGAGUCGUUUAUGGAAACUGGAAAGGGGGCAUCAAAAAAGCAAGCCAAGAGAAACGCUGCUGAGAAAUUUCUUGCCAAAUUCAGUAAUAUUUCUCCAGAGAACCACAUUUCUUUAACAAACGUAGUAGGCCAUUCUUUAGGAUGUACUUGGCAUUCGUUGAGGAAUUCUCCUGGUGAAAAGAUCAACUUACUGAAAAGGAGCCUUCUCAGUAUUCCAAAUACAGAUUACAUCCAGCUGCUUAGUGAAAUCGCCAAGGAACAAGGUUUUAAUAUAACAUAUUUGGAUAUAGAAGAACUAAGCGCCAACGGACAGUAUCAGUGUCUCGCCGAACUCUCCACCAGCCCCAUCACGGUCUGUCACGGCUCUGGGAUCUCCUGUGGCAACGCGCAGAGCGACGCAGCUCACAACGCCCUACAGUAUUUAAAGAUAAUAGCAGAAAGAAAGUGAGCCUGAAGCAACUCCUGGAGCCCUCAGUAGCACAGAAGAACUCCCCCUGCGCCCCUCACCAAGUAAAAUGUUUACUACA